CACCCAUUAAUUAAUAGAAACCUUGGAAAGUUGAAUAGCAUGAAGGGAAUAGCAGGUGAAUCUGGUGAAACAUCCAACGAGGCAACCCCAGUAAACUCCAACAUCAAUGGGGUUGCUACACUAGAAUUCAUACUCAGAUUCCUUGCUACUGGAGGAACACUAGGGAGUGCUAUGGCCAUGGGUACUACUGAAGAAACUGUUCCAUUACUCCCUCAAUUCCAUCCUUUUGAAGCCAAAUAUAGUGAUCUUCCCAUGUUCACGUUUUUUGUGAUUGCCAAUUCAGUUGCCUAUGCCUAUCUUGUGUUUUCUCUUCCGCUUUCUUUCUACUAUAUCAUCAGGAGAGCAGCCAAACACAGUUGAAUUGUUUUGGUCACGUUUGACACGGCAAUGCUAGGAUUGGUGACGGCUGGUGCAUCAGCUGCCACAUCUAUUGUGUAUUUAGCAUACAAAGGGAAUGCUAAUACGAAUUGGUUAUCAAUAUGCAAACAGUUGGAUUCCUUCUGUGAGUGCACGUCUGGAUCACUAGUUAGCUCUUUCGCUUCAGCAUUUCUUCUCAUGCUUAUUAUCAUUUCAUCUGCCAUUGCCAUCUCUCUCUCAUGA